AUGGCCACCGCCACCAACAUCAACAGAGAAUCAUGGGAUUCCCUUACUUCAACUUUGGACAAUCUUGAUGUGUCUUUCUCUCAUGACAGUUGUUACGGAUCGGACGAAGUCUCCGUUUCCUCAAACAAUACCGCUCCGUUGCAGUCGAGUGUUUCGACCAACGUUGUCAAGUGCGAGGAACCAUCCUUGCACCCAUUUUUGAAGUCGAUCUUGAAAAACUCCUGUGCAGACUUGGAAGAUGACACCGAAUCUGAAUCUGGAUACGGAUCAGAUGAAAUCGAAAAUGGCUAUGACGCUCUCGCGGGAGAAGACGAGGAGGACGAUGACAUCAUGUCCGACUUCUCCGUUUGGGAGAACACUUCUCAGGAUGUGCCUGAAUCGCGUGAAGAUCACACUGAUCUCUUUGACGACUCCUUCAUCGGGUUCGAUUCCAUGGUCCGAUUUGAUGACAAUAUCCGUUACAUUGACUCUCCUGAAUUCUCAGAUGAGGAGAUGUCCGAGAGCCAAAUGACAUGUCAUGAGCAAUUCCUUCUCCAUAUGACGCAAAACUCUCAAGCUGCUCUACAUGAGUCCCACGCGGAGGACGAGUUAGACGAUGAGUCUAAGAGUGACCACAAAGAAUUUAUUCGGACGACCACCCACCAGCCAGAAGAUUUCCCACGGGAGGCUGUCAACGAGGACCGGGAAAUUUUUGUCGCAGAGAUGAAUUGCAUCCACGGGAUUGCGAACAACAAAUACAAACACUAUCUCCGCACCCAGGUUGACAACAUUCGACUUGGCCACGAAGCCGAGUCCAUGCAUCCCGACGACCCGCCUUGCAUGUACCUCGAUCAAAUCCUCGAUCAUGUCAUCGGGGUUUUCCGCAACCUCCUUGCUGUGGAUGAACUGAAUGAACUCGUCGCACUCCGCGAAGAAGAAAUGGGCUUGGCCAUUGAACACGGCACCAUCCAUACUUCGAGCUCAGCGUUGAGCCACCAUCUGGCUCUGCUGGACAAGAUCGAGCACUUCCUCCUCGACAGGCUGACUAACGGUCGUGUGAACGUAUGUCCGGACGAGCUGAGCUUCUUCGCCGGCGGUAUUGCGCACGCUCUCGGCACCAAGGAUCUCCCUGCAGCGGAUUAA